UUUUCUGUAAAUCACCUCUCUUCCAAUACCCCCAUUUCACAAAAAAUCACUGUAUUGGGAGACUCGUCAUCUUCUUCAUCUAACUUUGCUCUGUUCGAUUUCGUGAAGAAAAAAAUGGCGUUUUUCCUGAACAAAACAGUCUUGUCUAAGCUUCGACUCAAUGCUCAGAAGACUGAUGAAUCUUUGAUGCUAUCACGACGUGGGAUACAUAUCGAACCCGGGGUUCGCGAGAAGGCUCUCUUGGCAGCGGAUCCCUCCUUGAAACGCUUUAAAUCACAUAAACAGAGUGUGCGAACCCUCAAAAGGGUGGGAGAUGUUCUAACUAUUGUUGUAGUAGCAGGAUGUUGUUAUGAGAUAUAUGUGAGAGCUGUUAUGCGGGAAGAAGCAAGGAAGAAGGCAGAAGGAAGCACAUAAUGCAUAUCAUUCUGCUUUUGCAUUUCUUCACUGCUUUAAUUCUCCAAAACAUGGGGAGAAUGGGAUAAUGAAGGUCCAUUAUCUUGAUACUAAGUACAUGAAAAUCGUGUUUUGACUUUUGUUUGGGUUGGUGAUAUGAAAAUAAGAUGGCUCCAAACAGUUGAGGCUGCAUUCAACACCAAGAACUUUGCAUGCAAAUUUUGGUUUUAUUUGAACUUAAUGUUUGAAUGCUCUAAAACGUAUGUGAUUCCUGGUGAGAUUUUCUCACCUUCAAUUA